CAAAACUUAACACUCAAGGAGGCAUUCGGGGAGAUACAAGCAAAGGGCACACACGACAGAGCGUCACACCCUCCCUUACAACAAAUCCCUUCCCGCAUCCAAUACCCUAGCCUCCCCCAUCGGCAGGAUUGGUCUGACAUCUCGCUCUCUUCAGUCUUCAGAAAGAGAGGGACUCCUGGCUCUGACACAUAAAAACCUAAAGCACCUCAGUCAGGCCCGUUAAGCCAGCGCAGCAGCUACAGCUCCCCUGGCCACAUACCCCCAAAUCGCCGAGAUAGGGAGAAAGGAGCGCCUCGACAUCACGACCGAGCGCCCUCCCAGCCAUUACGACGUUGACAGCUACCUUUGCCGACAACUGCUCUGCUUUGUCCUGCAUUGCCUUGAUAUCCGAUCCCCAUUCGCGCGAUCUGUCACCAGUGCCAAGCGUCUCAUCUGCGACGACCGCUUGACCGAACCUGACUUUGUGCACAAUCCCCCGACCCGAGCCCAGCAGAGCCAGCAGCCCUACCUCCCUUUGUCCAUUGACGACAUCCCCACGACACCUCUCCCAAACAUUCGACACCAUGUCAGCACCGGCAGGAGGUCUUACUAGACGCCGAGGAGGCGGAGGCGCCGCGGCCGGCGAUGGCGAGACCAGCAACGGCGCUCCCCGCACCAACUCCACGAACAACUUCAAAGACAGCGCCCCCGAGACGAGCUACGAGAGCGGAGAGAACGGCCACAAGAUCGCCUUCGACCCCCGCGACAUCAGUGAGAGCGCCGAACGCAGCAAACAGCCCAAGUUGACCUUGAUGGAGGAGGUUCUGCUGCUCGGCCUCAAGGACAAGCAGGGCUACCUAUCGUUCUGGAACGACAACAUCUCAUACGCUCUCCGAGGAUGCAUCGUCAUUGAGCUCGCCUUCCGCGGUCGCAUCAGCAUGCAGAAGGAUGCCUCGAGACGGCGCUUCCCCCUCGCAGACCGCGUCAUCGAAGUGAUCGACGAGACCCUUACAGGCGAAGUGCUACUCGACGAGGCAUUGAAGAUGAUGAAGCAGAGCGAGAAGAUGAGCGUCAGCUCCUGGAUUGACCUGAUGAGCGGAGAAACAUGGAACUUGAUGAAGAUUGGAUACCAAUUAAAACAGGUUCGCGAGCGCCUGGCCAAGGGUCUCGUCGAUAAGGGUAUUCUUCGCACCGAGAAGCGCAACUUCCUUCUCUUCGACAUGGCGACCCACCCUGUCGCUGACGGAGGGGCCAAGGAGGAGAUUCGCCGCCGCGUCCGUAACGUUCUGACCCAGCGUACUGUCGUCCUACCCGCGUCCCAGUUCCUGCCCGAGAACCUUGAGUUCCGCUACGUGCGCACCAUUGCCAUGGUUUGCGCCGCCUACGCCGCCAACGUUCUCGAGAACGCCCUCAGCACCCUCGGCCACGAGGCCCGCGAGCGCGCCUUCGCCCAGACGGACGAGCUCCUCGCCGACUACAGCCAGUGGCCAUUCGGAAAGAAGGCCACCGGCAACGGCAUCGGCGCCAACCUUCCCCAAGUCAUCGCAGAGGAAAUCAGCAGCGGCAAGGACAAGGAGCUGCAACUCGAAGUUGUCGCCGCCUGUCUGAGCGUCUUCACCCGUCUCGACUCCCUCUUGUAAACAUAAUCGACCCCGAAAUACUCAAAUCCGAUUACCCCGCCUCUGUGGCCUUCGAUGGAGGGCCUGGUCGCGGCGACUUGGGCAAUUUCUGGGAGCAACCCCUCCCCCUCCCCCUUUUCUUCUCCACUACUAUUCACAACCUAGACGACACUUUCGAAACGCCCAGAAUUGAGCACUCCCAACCUUCACCAUAUUCGAACCCUCACGAGAAAUGACCAGUAAAUCGAAAAGGGGAAAACCGUCUUUCUUCUGUUCCCCGGAAACCAAAAGAAAUUGCAACAUGUAGUUGGGAGGGAUGGGGCAGGAUAUUUGGGUUCAGCCGGUAGGCAGGGGAAACAUUAUGAAAAGGGCGCUGCUGCUGCAUUCCUCCUUUGCCUCGCUGGAGAUAACGGUGUUUCCAAAAGGAAAAGAAUGAAGGAUGACCGGGAUGGCGAAAAUAUACACACGCGUGUAGUCGGUUGGGUUUCAACUACCUCUUUUUAUUCCACCGUAAGCGAUCGUUUUAAUGCAACAACACUCACAAUGAACAACACAAAUCUUCUCCCCCCCCAAAAUAAAAGAUGUAGCGCAUGGAUAAAGAGAGUACAAGGUGUUGUGAGUAUCUGCGAGGCUCGUCUUUCCCAACAACCCCCUUCUUCUUGGUCUGGUCUCCUCAACUUGUGGUAGUUUUCGAGAUGGGGAGAACAUUAUCUGGCGUUAGUGAGCACAUGAAUGCAAAGUCUUUUCUUCUAUCCCGGGCCGAGACUUAAACCCCAAACAUGCGCGACGUCAUGCCUUUGAACACACGAUACGUCGCUUCUCAGACCCAUGGGCGAUGAUGCCCCGAUGGCCAUG